UAUGUUAUUGUUGAGUAUCGAAUGAAAGGGGAGGAGAUGAUGUGUGGUGUAAGAUGAAAGCAAGCGGAUGAAGGUCGGCCACUCACUAGUAAGACAAAUAGUGUGUUGUUGAUCUACAAAAAAACACACAUUCAUUCCAACUUGGUAUCAAGAUGGCAAUCCUACUACCGCCUUCAAAAUGGCCUCUCAGGCAUCCUUCACGGCGGAGGAGGGUGAGACCGGUGGUGGCGGUGGCGGGUGGUGUCAGGAAGGAAGACAUAGUGAUCGUGGGAGCCGGAAUUUCCGGGCUGGCGACCGCCGUUGCACUUCAAAGGUUCCUCACCACGACCUUCACCUCUCGUUUGAUUCGGCUGCGUCGCUGAGGAGCGGCGGCACUUCACUCACAUUUUUCAAGAACGGAUGGAAAGUGUUUGAUGCCAUUGGAGUGGCGGAUGAGCUACGCCCUCAAUUCCUCAAAAUUGAAGAGAUGGUUGUAAAAUCGGAGGGUGGGAGGGAGCUGCGUUCCUUCAGAUUCAAAGAUGAGGACCAAAGUCAAGAAGUGCGUGCGGUAGAAAGGGGAACUCUGUUGGAGGCUCUUGCAAACCGGCUACCCCCGGCCGCCAUUUCCUUUUCCUCUAAGCUGAAGAGCAUCAAAACAGGCCACAACGACGACACCCUGCUGACAUUCGAAGAUGAUUCUGUCAUAUCUGCUAAGGUUGUUAUCGCCUGCGACGGGAUACGGUCUCCAGUAGCCAAGUGGAUGGGCUUUCCUGAUCCCAGAUACGUUGGCCAUUGUGCUUUCCGCGGCCUUGGAGUCUACCCUGACGGCCAGCCAUUCAAGCCACGAGUGACUUAUGUCUAUGGGAGAGGCGUUCGUGCUGGAUACGUCCCAGUUUCAUCCACUAAGGUCUAUUGGUUCGUCUGCUUCAACAGCCCGUCCCCGGGUCCCAAGAUUACUGAUCCAUCCAUACUGAGGCAGGAAACUGAGAAUCUGCUCAGAGACUGGCCAUCGGAGCUCUUAAGCAUCAUCAAAUCGACACCUGACGAUACAAUCAUAAGAACCCCUCUGGUGGAUCGUUGGCUGUGGCCGGGCGUCACACCUCCGGUUUCAUCAGGAAAGGUCGUUCUUGUUGGCGACGCGUGGCAUCCAAUGACCCCAAAUCUCGGGCAAGGCGCCUGCUGCGCGCUCGAGGAUGCGGUGGUCUUGGCCAAUAAGUUGGGAGAGGCAAUGAAGCUCGGAACCAUGUCCGUGGAAGAAGCGUUUAGGUCCUAUGGAGCUGAAAGGUGGCCACGGAUCUUUCCCUUGACUCUCCGCGCCAAUCUUGUGGGUGCUCUGCUGCAGCUUGACAACAAGGCGGUGUGCUCUAUUCGGGACAAUGUAAUUGUGCCCAAACUAGUUAGGUUGGGGCCAAUCUUGGAGCAUACCAAUUUCGAUUUUGAACCUCUGCAGAUAUAGUCUUGUACACAACUCAAAUAAGAUUAGCUGUUGGAAAUGGUAGUUUGUUUGCAAACGAACUAAUCGGCAUUAUUGUGAA